AUGCCCGUUUCGCAUAUCACCCUGACCGUCUCUCACCUCCCAACUUCUACCUCUUUCUUCUUAUCAUGUUUGCAGCCAUUGGGAUACCAAUUCAUCGGUAGACAUGACGAUUAUAUAGGGUUCGGUCAGAAGCAGGGGGAACCUGCUGAUUUCUGGAUGACUGAGACUAAGCCUGGAUCUCCUCCUGGUGCAGUCCAUGUCGCCUUUCCAGCCCCGUCGAAAGACGCAGUCGGCUCGUUCUUCAUAAGCGCCCUAAAAGCCGGCGCGAAGAUCCACGGCGAACCCAAGAUGCGAGAUUCGCAAUCUGGGUACUUCAGUGCAGCCGUCAUCGACUUCGACGGCAACAGCAUUGAAGCGGUGUACCGGCCCAGCAACGCCUCGGUUAUAUCAGAGGCAAGCGGGCCGACAAUGGCUCUUCUGGAGGGUUCCAGCCGCUCUGUGGUCUCAAAGGCGGGCAGCAAAGCUAGCACCAUCAAGGCAGAGAGCAUCGCACCCCCAAGGUCUGAGGCCAUGUCUGAGACCAGAUCCAUAGCAAGAUCUGAGGCAAGAUCCGAAGCCCGAUCCGAGGCCAAGUCUCGCGCCAUUUCCAAAGCACCCACAACCUUUGAGCGGUCUGCACCCACUGUCGUCUCCCGAGGCCCGCCGCCACCGUCAUACACCAUGCAAGCACCCGCACCGCCACAGAGCGACGACGGCAGCAAGGCAGCGAAGACCAUCGUUGGCACGCUGAUUGGGGCCGCCGCAGGCGCAGCAAUCGCCUACGCAAUGGUCAAGGGCGACUCGCAGUCAACGACCCAAGAGCCAGAACAGCCUACGCAGUUCGCAAGCAGCUUCCCCCAAAUCAAAGCUGCGGCCCAAUCCUUCUUCGGCAACGACGACCAACAAUCCCAAUACCGCGCCAUCGAAGCACCCCCACCACCGCGCAGCGCCUACACCACUGCCUCAAACCCACGCUCAACCCUAACGCGCAGCGUAACCUCCAAGAACCCCCGCGCCAGCACAAUCUACGACGGCACCGAAUACAUGCACGAAAACCCACGCCGUGCCUCAGAAGGCAGCAUCUACAGUAUUCCGGAAGACAUCCCGCUCCGGGCAAUCGAGUACCCACCGGCCAGCAACGCCUCCCAGCAACGCUACGCCUGCGCCCCCUCAACCUUCAUCAGCAGCUACCACGACGAGCGGACCCGGGGCGUGCCGAGCAGCGUACACAGCUCCUCGACGAUCAAAGCGUCGCAGAGCACACACCGCCGCCACAGCCACGAUGACCGCGACGGGUACGAGUCUACCGUCUCACAGCGCUCGCACAAGGGCCAGCAAAGCACGCACUCGUACCGCGCAGCAUCGGUGCGCUCGUCCUCGCACGUCGGAAAGGAUAACGCUAGCGUUGCAUCGUCUUCCCGCUCCGCGCGCAAUAUCCCCCUUCCCGCUGGCUCAAACGCAACAUACUACUCCAGUCCCAGUAUCCACAGCAAGGAGGGCAGGAACUCAUAUUUGUCUGCAAGGGAUGUCCCGCUUCCUGAGAGUGUGGCGGAUCUCGAUGUUGACUCGCAUGUUUCGCCGGAUGACUCGAUUAGCCAGGUUGGGUCGCGUGCGCAUCGGCAUCGCUCCCAUCGGUCGAAGAGUUCGAAGGGGUCUAGGGCUGAUGAGCAUGAUUCCGGGAGUCAGGUUUCUAGGGCCAGUCAGAGGACUGCUAAGGCUGGGGAGGGGUCGAGGGCUGGGAGUCGACGGGCGAGUCAGGUUGUUUGA